AUGUUUCUGAGACUUCUUAAAUCGUGUAUUCGAUCAGAAAAUCUGAUCUUAGGACAAAUCAUUCAUCAGCACCUUCUUAAACGCUCCCUUACGGUGACUUCCUCUGCCGUGCUCGUCAAUCUAACGCGUCUCUACGCAUCAUGCAACGAAGUAGAACUUGCACGCCAUGUGUUCGACGAAAUCCCUCAUCCAAGAACCAAUCCUAUUGCUUGGGACGUCAUGAUCAGAGCCUAUGCAUCAAAUGGUUCCCCGGAAAAAGCUUUGGAUUUUUACUACAAGAUGCUGAGUUCUGGUGUUCGACCCACGAAAUUUACUUACCCGUUUGCCCUGAAAGCUUGUGCUGGUCUGCGAGCAACCGAAGAUGGUAAGCUGAUACAUAGCCACGUGAAAUGUAGCGACUUUGCAGCUGAUAUGUAUGUCUGUACUGCUCUGGUCGAUUUUUAUGCUAAAUGUGGGGAGCUAGAUAUGGCAAUACAGGUGUUCGACGAAAUGCCCCAAAGAGAUAUUGUCGCAUGGAACGCUCUGAUUUCCGGGUUUUCUUUACAUUGCUGUUUAACUGAUGUCGCUGCAUUGUUCUUGGAUAUGCGUAGAAGCGAUGGAAUCAGACCUAAUUUAUCCACCAUCGUUGGGAUGUUUCCUGCACUAGGAAGAGCUGGUGCUUUGAGGGAAGGGAAAUCCGUUCAUGCGUAUUGCACAAGAAAUGGGUUUAGCAAUGAUUUAGUUGUCAAGACGGGGAUCUUGGAUGUAUAUGCCAAAAGCAAGUGCAUUAUCUACGCGAGGAGGGUUUUCGAUUCAGACACAAUGAAGAACGAGGUAACCUGGAGUGCCAUGAUUGGAGGCUACAUUGAAAAUGAAAUGAUAAAGGAAGCUGGAGAAGUGUUCUUGCGGAUGUUGUUAGUUAAUUCAGGUGUGGCGGUUGUGACGCCGGUGGCCGUUGGGCUUAUUCUGAUGGGUUGUGCGAGGAUUGGAGAUCAUAAUGGAGGGCGAUGUGUACAUUGUUAUGCGAUUAAAGCAGGCUUCAUGCUGGACUUAACUGUUGGAAACACCGUAAUUUCAUUCUACGCCAAGCAUGGAAGCUUAUGUGAUGCUUUUAGGCAGUUUAGUGAGAUUGGGGUGAAGGAUAUUGUUUCAUAUAACUCUCUUAUCUCCGGGUGUCUGGAGAACUAUCAGGCAGAAGAGAGUUUACGUCUGUUUCAUGAUAUGAAAUCAUCAGGAAUUCAGACAAAUAUAACAACAUUGGUUGGUGUUUUAACCGCUUGCUCUCACUUGGCGGCUUUGGGACACGGUUCUAGUUGCCACGGGUAUUGUGUUGUUCAUGGCUAUGCAAUCAAUACAACCAUUUGUAACGCACUUAUGGAUAUGUACACAAAGUGCGGAAAACUUGAUGUGGCCAAGAGAGUUUUCGAAACAAUGCAUAAGCGGGAUACAGUUUCGUGGAACACAAUGAUGUUUGGAUUGGGAACUCAUGGGCUUGGCAAAGAAGCUCUUUCUCUAUUUGACAGUAUGCGGGACACAGGUGUGAAUACAGACGAGGUGACUUUUCUUGCUGUUUUGUCUGCUUGUAGUCAUUCAGGGCUUGUGGAUGAAGGGAAACAAGUUUUCAACUCCAUGGCUCGAGGAGAUUUCGAAGUCAUCCCAAGGAUAGACCAUUAUAAUUGCAUAGCUGAUCUUCUAGCCCGUGCCGGUUACUUGGAUGAAGCUUAUGAUCUUGUCAACAAGAUGCCGUUUGAGCCAGACGUUAAUGUGUUGGGUACACUCCUCUCUGCUUGUUGGACGUACAAGAAUGUGGAACUUGGGGAUCAAGUGUCGAAAAUGAUGCAGAGUCUCGGAGGAACAACAGGAAACUCGGUUCUUCUAUCCAACACCUACUUAGCUGCUGAGAGAUGGGAAGAUGCAGCGAAUAUUAGAAUGACACAGAAGAAAACAGGGCUUCACAAGACCCCUGGUUUUAGCUGGGUCGAUGUUUAGUUACUAAAUUGGUUUGAGCAUUCUUGGAAUCAUAAUUUGGCUGAAGGAGACAUUGUUGCAAGCGAGACUAACAAAGGGAAGCAAAUCAUAGAGAGCGAGAGAUAUAUUGGUUUAUGUCCAAAAUAGCAGAAUCAGGUAGUGUAACAAGACAUGGAGAAGUGACAUGACAUGAGUGUUAUCCAGUCCCUAAUGACAAUGUGCACAUUACAGAACGAAUCCGGCAACCAGU